CUUCUCGAACGCAUCUCUAGAAAGUGCAACAAAAAGGAACUUAAGAAAUGGCGUACGUGAGAAAAGGCGGGAAGAAACGUUAAGUUGUCAAUCAUAAAAAUGUCUAUUAUUUAGUCAAUUUGUUUACGCACAUUAUGGUUCUGGUACCUGUUGGAUCACAUGAUGGCCGACGAAUUCCCGGAUCCGGACGAAGAAUUCGAUCUGAUUCACCAAGCAGACUACGAAACUUUAAGAGAUAUAGAAGAUGAGCUCACAAAAUGCCAGACACCGCAGCCUCGUCCUAGCGGAAUACCUCGAAUAGCAAACAGUAACAAACGGCAAGCCAGCGUUGAAGUCUCUACUCCUGUCAAUCAUGAUGAAAUUAUCGACAAUAAUAGACCUAGCUGUAGUAAAAAACGCACUUAUGGGGAUAUCAAUGAACUAUUUGGAGAUAUCGACGAUCUCUUGGAAAAUGAUAUCUCAGCUGACUUUGAGGAACCAAAAGAAAAGAAGCUUCGAUGGGACCAGCCUAAGGAUGUCAUUAAAAAGAUACUGGAUGCUAGGCAAUUGAUAUAUGAGCAUACCGGCAGUACAUCGAUGAAAACAAAAUAUAAUAAUAACAAGAAGAAUUCCAUUUCCUUACGAGUUCCACCAUGGAAUUUUGUAGCAGUCACGAGAACUUAUGAUUCUCAACGUCUAUACGUCAGAGUUAGGAAUACACAGAAUGAUGUCAAACGAUCCUCCGGGCCAAUCACCAACCUGCUUUCCGUACCUUACAGACAGUUGAAGGCUCAAGCUGAAGAAUUAACAAGGAAGAGAGGAUCAUCGGUAGAGCCUGCGUCCGAUCAACAAAACGCAAUGGAUAUAGUCAACGACGAAUUAUGGGUUGAUAAGUAUCGACCUCGAUCCUACAUAGAGCUACUUUCGGAUGAAACCGUUAACAGGGAGCUCUUACAUUGGCUGAAGCUCUGGGACAAGAUAGUGUUCAAUCGAAAGAUCAGCAGGGUGAAGAAGACGAAAUUGCCUCAGUUCGGGAAGAAGAAGGACGCGGAGGAGGACGAAGUUGUGGAAGUAGACGAUAAAGGAUUCCCGAUAAAGAGGAUAGCUUUGCUCAGCGGGCCGCCUGGAUUAGGAAAGACGACCUUGGCGCAUAUAGCGGCCAGACACGCCGGCUACAACGUCGUCGAGAUCAACGCGAGUGACGAAAGGAGUCCGGACACGUUCAGACAGAUCCUUCUCGCGUCGACGGAAAUGAGAGCCGUGAUGGGCGCCGACCCGCGACCGAACUGUUUGAUCUUCGACGAGAUCGACGGCGCGCCGGCUGCGUCCAUCGAGCUUCUCUUGAAAUUUGUCCAAGGAAAACUGACACCGAAGACUAAGAAGGGAAAGGGCCAGUCGGAAAAGACGUCCGAUGGCUGUACGCGUCCUGUCGUGUGCAUCUGCAACGAACCGUACGCGCCAACGUUAAGAACGCUGAGAGCCGCAGCUAUGAUAAUACCAGUGCCGAAAGUGAGUCCCUUGAGACUAGCCGAACGUCUGAUGGAAAUAGGAAGGAAGGAGAGCUUGAGUUUGGAUUUCGGCGAUCUCGUGAAAAUAGCGGAGAGGUCCGCCUGUGACGUGCGAUCUUGCGUAGGGGCGAUACAAUACAUAGGUAACACUGACUUGAAGGAUAAUCUGUCCCUGGGUCUGAAGGACACCCGUAAAAACUUAUUUGACUCGUGGAACAGCAUCUUGAUGAUCCCCAUGCACAGGGAAGGCGUCGUCCCCGUUUCCGAGAGGAUCGAUAAUAUCUUGAGAACGGUGCAAAACGCUGACACGGGAAAGCUGACGCAAGGAAUAUUUCACAACUACCCCGAGGUCUGCGAUCGAAAACUCGACAGUGUGUCCACGUCGCUGGAGUGGUUUCAAUUUCACGACCUAGUAACGUCGCUCGUCAUGCACAAGCAGGUCUGGUCGCUCAUGUCCUACACCAAUUACGGAUUUAUCGCGUGGCACUUGUAUCUAGCGCGCACGCAGAGAGUGAAAUUGUCUUAUCCCACAGUUUUCGGUGAGGUGACUCAAAGAUCAGCGAAGAGCGCGGGUAUCCUGACGUCGAUACGAAGAGUCUGCGGACGCGACGCUUUCACCUUGACCACGGACAUCGCCUGUUUCCUGCCGGAUCUCUUGGCACCGAAACUGCGCACGGUUCCUUCUCACUUGUAUUCGCCGAAAGAGAAGGACGAUCUCGCCAGAAUAGUGAACGUGAUGCUCGAAUUUGGCUUGAGCUUCGUGCAGGAGAAGAACCCGCACGGCGGAUACAUCUACAACCUAGAUCCCAACAUUUUGGACGUCGGCGUCCUUCCCGACUGCAACGCACAUCGGGACCUCGCAUACGCCGUGCAGCAGAUAGUCACGCAGGAGCUGGAAGUUGAGCGUUUGAGGCGUGCGACUAUCUCGACGGGUCUCGGAGUUAAUCCCGAAAGCGCAAAGAAUCCGAGAAAUCCUGAAACUACGGGAAAAGUUCAAGAUAAAUUUUCCAAGAGUCCGAGUGAUGCCGAGCAAUCUGCGAAGAAUGCGGCGCCGUUAAAGGAAGUAGUAUACAAGGACUUCUUCGGUAAUAUCAUCAGAAGCGAGAACGAGGACGGCCGGAAGCAGAACAAAUCGGCCAAUCGUGUUUCACCGAGGUCUCAAAAAGGACACUCUCUGAUACAAAACAUCCUGACGAAGCACGGAACUUGGUACAAGUACAAAGAAGGCUGCAACAACGCCGUUCGUCGGAAUGUGUUCAUAGAGAAAUUUUUGUAGCGGAUCAAUAAGAAAGUUCUUACAAAUGACAUAAAUGGAAUAAAACGAGAAGAAAGUGACUCUAUAUUACUGACUCUAUAUUUUUAAUGUUGUAACGCGAACGACUACUCGGCAAACGGUCUCCGAGUGAUUUUAAACUUCUUAUGCUCGAUCGGUAAAAUAGAUCAUUUCGGAUCUCUACCAUUUAGGGAAUUUUUGUUCGCAUACAACUUGCUAUGCUUGUAACGUUAUAAUUUUACUAUUAAUGUUCAUGAAGUUUCUUCAUCGAAAAUGAAGUGAGAAAAAAAUUUCAAUAAAAAAAAUGAUAAACGCGUCUAAAAUCAUAGAUGAUACAGUAUGUUGAUGAUAAUGCAGUUGUUUAAUGAGACACUUUGGUGGAAAUAUACGUCUGAUAAAUCAUACUGUGCUGCUUGGAGUUCGAACCCCGUAUGACGGUUAUCAAUGCUUAUCGGUGUAAAGAUAAUGCCAUUUAUUGACACUAAAAAACUUUGAGACGUUUCUCUGCCAAUUACGCAAUUAACCAAAG